AGAAAAAGAUUAAAACAAGGGAACCCCAGAGAAAGCUUGCAGUUUAAUUUUCUGAUGCAGUCCAGUAGGACAUAUCCACAUUCUUCAAAUGAGUUACCUCCUCCAGUGGGAAAACCAAGAAAAUAUCAUGAGAGACUGCUGGGCAUGCUAAAGGUAUUCAGAAAAGAAGGACCUCUCUGUGGGCUUAUCCUAGGCACCUCCAUCCUUCAAUGUGGGGAAGAAUUCUACCAGUUGUGAAACAUUUCACACUCAGGGACACCUGCACCUGAUCACUGCUGAUCCUGUCUUGUGCUGCUCACUCAAUGCCCACUGAACCUGUUGGCAUUAUGGGUGUGUUGCAGGUGUAAAUCAAAGCCCUGAUUGUCACAGCUAGUAGACUUCCAGAGACUCUAAAUUCUUUCCCUUGCAGUCCUCUGGCUGCCAACUCUCCAGAGCUCAUACCACCUGUUCUCAAACCAUCUUGCAGUCUGUGUGUGUAUGUCUACAGCUGAAUGAAAUGCAAUGGUCAGUAUUAAGCAAUCUGAAUAGUACAGCCUCAGCUCUAUUGUUCUGCUCACUUCAUUUGGCCUUCCAGUUAACAAAUCAUUGAUUUAUAAUGCUAAUUGAAUAUCUCAUCUGCCUUGGAAAGGGAUUCCAAGAAAUGCUGCUGUUAACAGGAUCAGUAUAGUGGAAAAAAGAACUCUUUUGCAAGCAGGCUGAGCUGCCUAGCUCAUAGAUAUAGCAUUAUCUACCUAAUAUUAUAUUGGGGUCAAAGCUUUUGUGGGAGGACUGAUGGUGCAGUGAGGCUGAUAGAAGAUAGUGCUUCAUGUAGAAGCAGAACAUCAAAGGGCAUCACUGGCCGUACCACAAAAAUUUUGACAUUGCAGUUGCACCUGUAUUGGAGAUUUGGUUCAGAUCAUUAUAAUUUUGAUGCAAAUUUACCAGCUGUCAACAUUUUUUUCCUUUUGCUUUUCAUUAUAUACCAUUGUAUUUGCACACACUGGAUCCCUUCCACAGAAAGUCAAGUGGAAGAUAUUCUCCAUCCAUGAAGGGACAUUCAGUCCGUGAGGCCAGUUGGUUUGGAGGAAUCCCCUCCCAAGCACACACAGUGUGGUUUCAGGGUCCUCAGGACUAGUUGUUUUGGGAUAUCACAUCUGUUCUCACCAUCUGCACUAUCUUCUAACACAAUCAAAUCACUGAUGAAUUUGAAUAAUUUGUCAGUAAAUUAAAUGCACUUAGUUUUAAGAUAAGUAACACAGGUUUUAGAAGCUUCUAAUCAACAGUGCAGUGUUUGCACACCCUGUUAUCCUUACACUAAACUAAAGUUUUUGUGAAGUAGAAAAUAGGCCAGCAUUUAAAAAAAAUUUUCCAUAAGAGCAGUUGGAGGAGGAUCAUGUGUUUGCCUAGAAAGUGCCUUGCUGGUGUGAGUAAAAUAAACGCCAAAUACAAGACAACUCAAGAUCCAGUCUCAGGCGGGUGAUGUGGCUGAGACCUUCCUCUUUAUGUUGCUAUUACCUGCUAAAUUCCAUACGUGUGUUUGAGAGAGGGAGGCCCUUUCCAAAGGAGGCUGUAAUUUGCGCGGCCCCCCAGCAGAUGUCCCUGCAGUGAGCCCUGCACAAUCCCUUUAUUUGCACACCGAGUGGUUUUGUUUCCAGGUGUGACAGCGCCAGUGGGGAGUGCCAAGUGUGGUGCCCGAGGUGCCACCUGCGCUGGGGAGGCAGCCGGGGAGCGAGGAGGGCAAGAGAGGAAGGCACGAAGCAGGAUCUCCUGCCUGCCCAGGCUGCCACCACCUCUCCCAGCUGAUGAUAUUCCCUCCUGCUGCGCUUGCUGCCUGAAUGGGUGAUGCUGUGGCCAAGGUUUUUCUGGGUCAGAGGAACCUGCACAACCGGUAUCUUCACACCAGCUCCAUGUCCGUCUGCAGCACAAGGAACAGGACGGGCACAUAAGGACUAUAAAAUGACCUCUAACAGGCAAAUGAAGGAGCCCUGAGGAAGAAGUGGCUGUGGGCAGCGUGAAUCAGCAGGAGUGACUGUGCACACCUUCAUGCACCCACUAUAUGCUAAAUCUGGAAUAAAAUCAUCACUGCCCCAGACAUGGGCUUUGCCAGGCUUGCACAUGAGAAGCUUUCCAACCUGCUGCUGGUGCUGUUGAGUGUGGUAUCCUGCUCUGCUGCUGCUGCUGGGGAUGAGCCCAGCCUGGGUAAGAGGUCCUUGCCUCACUAUGAACACGAUUCCAGUGGUGCUGUUGACUCUUCUCAAGACACGAGGCUACAUGUUUUCACACUGGACUAUGACCAUGUGCAAAUUCCCUGUGAAGUUACCCUUUGGAUACUCCUUGCCUCUUUUGCAAAGAUAGGUUUCCAUAUCUUUCACCGAUUACCAAGACUUAUGCCGGAAAGCUGCAUCCUGAUUGCCAUUGGAGCACUAGUAGGAGCAAUCAUCUUUGCUUCCCAUCACAAAUCUCCACCAGUGAUGAACAGUAGUAUUUACUUCUUGUAUCUCCUUCCACCCAUUAUUCUGGAGGAGGGUUAUUUCAUGCCAACUCGACCAUUUUUUGAAAACUUUGGAUCCAUUCUGUGGUGGUCUGUUCUGGGAGCUCUGCUAAACUCAUUUGGGAUUGGCCUCUCCCUCUAUGGAGUCUGCCAGAUCGAAGCCUUCGGCCUGACUGACCUGAACCUGCUGCAGAACUUGCUCUUUGGCAGCAUGAUUUCAGCAGUGGACCCCGUGGCAGCUCUGGUAGUUUUUGAAGAAGCCUCUGUUAAUGAGCAGCUUUACAUGAUGAUCUUUGGAGAGUCAUUGCUGAAUGAUGGCAUAACUGUGGUUUUAUAUAACAUCUUCAUCGCCUUCACCCAGAUGCAUAGGUAUGAAGAAAUUGAAUCCAUCGAUAUCUUUGCUGGCUUUGCUCGCUUCUUCGUGGUGGGGCUGGGAGGAGUCUUGUUUGGCGUUGUAUUUGGAUUUGUCUCAGCGUUCAUGACUCGUUUCACCCACAACGUCUCUUCAAUCGAACCCCUGCUGGUCUUCAUGUUCAGCUACCUCUCAUACUUGUCUGCUGAAACCCUUUACAUCUCUGGCAUUUUGGCGAUGACAGCUUGUGCAGUGACAAUGAAAAAAUAUGUGGAGGAGAAUGUUUCCCAGAAUUCUUAUACCACAAUAAAAUAUUUCAUGAAGAUGUUAAGCAGCAUCAGUGAGACCCUGAUUUUUGUGUUCAUGGGAGUGUCUACAGUGGGGAAAAACCAUGAGUGGAACUGGGCCUUCAUUUGCUUCACUCUGCUCUUCUGCCUCAUUUGGCGAACACUGAGUGUAUUUGCUCUCUUCUACAUCAGUAACAAAUUCCGAACAUAUCCUUUCACCUUCAAAGACCAGCUCAUUAUUUCUUACAGUGGCCUCCGAGGUGCCAGCAGCUUUUCUCUUGCAUUCUUGCUUCCAGUGAAUCUUUUCCCCAGAAAAAAUCUAUUCAUCACUGCAACUCUUGUGGUUAUAUAUUUCACUGUCUUCAUCCAAGGAAUCACAAUUGGACCAUUGGUCAGAUAUCUGGAUGUUAAAAAGACGAACAAAAAGGAAUCUAUCAAUGAAGAAAUUCACGUGCGAUUGAUGGAUCACUUGAAGGCUGGUAUUGAAGACAUAUGUGGACAUUGGAGUCAUUAUCAGCUGAGAGAUAAGUUUAAGAAGUUUGACAAUAAGUAUUUGAAGAAGAUUUUAAUUCGGGAGCACCAGCCCAAGUCCAGCCUUGUGUCAUUGUACAAAAAGAUGGAGAUAAAACUGGCCAUUGAGAUGGCUGAAAGUGGCAUGAAAAUUUCAAAAUCAUCCACUACUUCUUUACAGAGCGGCAGGACCCAGCGUGCGGCCAGGCUGUCCCGGGCAGAGGUGGAGUCCAUGAGAGAUGUCCUGGCACACAACCUGUACCAAGUGCGACAGAGGGCACCAGCAUACAACCGGCACAAUCUUCCUACUAGCACAAGUGAGAAACAAGCACAGGAAAUCCUCAUCCGUCGGGAACACAGCCUGAGGCAAAGUUGCAGGAAGGGAAACAGCUUGCCGUGGGGUAGACCGGUUAACACCACGGAAGUAUGCUACCUCUCCUUGCCUCAGGGUCCAUGCCAGCCCACUAGGAGAAAAGCCAGGCAUGUUACUUUUACAGAUCAGCAUAGAAAUGGCUCUGAUGCUGCGUUCCCAUUAACAUCGAGACCCCAGCCCCGACUACGGCCGCUCGAAGCAAAGCGCCACCAAGAACUGAUUCCAAUGGCACGCUUGGAGAGACGGGCAGGCCCAGCCAAUCUGUCAGGUCCAAGAGGAAAUUCAAUCAGCCGUCAUCGUUUCACCAGAGUAGACAAUCUAGCUCCGAAGCCAAAGGCUCGGUUCACUGUCAGAGAAGUAGAGGAGUAUGAGUCAGAAGAAGAGACAGAAGCAAUGGCACCAGCCAGGCCAUUAGUUAUAUGAGGAGCAGAGAAGAUCAGUGUUUGCAUCUCUAGGCGCCCUGGUGCGCUGCUUCGAAAGAAACAAGAGAGCUUUUAUAUGAACCAAACUGUGAUUUUCCUCUGGGGACCAGUGUACUUGUAUCACUUUCAAGAGUUGUGUUAAUGUACUUAGUGGCUCAGAGAAGACUCGAAUUCUUAUGUGCUUAUAUCAAGCUUUCUUUCCAACAAAGCACUGCAGGAAAGAGGAGAACAUGAUAUUUGUAGGGGUUUGGGUGUGGGUUUAAACAGCAGUAGUUGGGUGCAUACAAUGCAAUGGGUGGAAACUGAUGCUACCCUUGUUUCACAUUGUGGUCUUCAUCCAGAGAAUAGAAAUGUAUAAAGGCAUCCCUGACGUGUGAAUGCACAGAUUGAUUGCCUCAGCUUGUGUAGAGCUUUUGAUUUCAGAGUAGCUGCAUUCCGGGAAAGAGUUAAAAACAAAAAGGCAUUUUUUUUAGGAAAUGUAAGUGUCACUGAAGAUGCCUAAGCAAGACCUUAAGUCAAAAGGACAUUUUCAGCAGUUGGGAACCUCUUGGUAACUCAGGUUUUGGCUCUGCAGAAAUGUGUAAAGUCAUCUACUGUGAUGAUCCAUGACUCCAGCUACUUAAAUCCAUUUCAAUGUGUAGGCUCCUAUCACUCUCCUACAGUUGUUUUGGAUGAAUAAAGGAUGUAUCCAUGUUUGUACAAAUUUAGGGGAGUUUUCAGGCAGGAGUGCUGUCAGGAUUUUAUUUGUAAGCAUGGAACGGCAGGAACAUAAACUAUAUUUUUGUGAUUCAGCAAUGGGGAGGCUUCCUUGUAAAGUAUCUGACUUCUCCCUUCCCCACUCCCACCUUGUGUGCCCAAAUGCAUGCACCAUUUUUCACACUACAACUGGACCAGCAAUGCAGUUAGGAUGCAAGAAACUGGGAUUAAAGGCAGAGAGAGCCUAACUGUGUAACCACCUGGCUAGCAGGAAAGAGAGACCCUGUGUUUGUCUCCCAGCUUUUAGUAGUGUGUCUUCCUAUAUGUUGUACAGAGCAGCUUUUCCUUAAAAAAAGAUAGAAAUAACCAGAGGGAUGUGCACCACAGCACUUGACCUCCCAACCUUUCUGUGGAGCUCCUUUCCAAGUGGCUCUGUGUGCCAAUGCUCCACUCUCAAUGGUGGAUCUCCCUAGCAGCAGGAGAAGCAACAGUAUGGUCUUUAGUAAUUUUAGCUAAGUCCCAGACACCUACUUUCUCUGAAUAAGUUUCUUUCUGCAGAGUGGAGGCAGGACUGCCACUAUUUUCUGUGUCUUGGCACUGUAGUUGAGCUGAUUUUAUCCAAAGGGGUGAAUUGAGUCCAAAAUCCAUAAACCCACCCUUACAGCUGCAGUAAAAUCAAACCUAUGGUUAAGAAAUGCACCAAGUUCAGUCAUGUUUUGUCAAGUUUCCUUUCCUGUCUCCUCCACUCAGACCUUGUUUAGUUGCCCAAUUCAAGGUCUGUAAAUGCUAUCUCAAUCAGAGAGAGAUUCAAGAGCUAGAGAGAGCAGUGCUACCUGCAUGUUUCUCUUUUUUAUAUUGCUGGUAUUGCUUGUAUGUCCUGGUCCAUAAAAGAAUUUAUUUCUGUAAGUUAUGAUUUCCCAUUUCUGACAAAGGGUUUCUGAUUCAGGACAGGUAGAAUCUAAACUAACAAACUUUAAAAGCACUGCCAGAGGAAGCAAACCCUACAAGCCCUUUCCCCCAUUUUCUUAUGUUUGCAGCUUUUAUGCUUUUUAGCAGGUUAUAUUGAAUCAUAUGUACAGAAAUUGUGCAAAGCUUUAUAAAACUUGAGUUCUGUUUGUAUUUCCUUAUUGUGCCAGAGAAAUUAUCUGACUUCCUUUUAUGAAAACAGUGGUGCAUUAUUAAAACAGGGUAGGAUUUUUCUUCUGUACCGAUACUGAAUUAGCAAUGAAAUAUAGUUCUGUACCUGAAAAUCAACAAAUAAACCCAGCUCCACCAAAGGA